AUGAGCAAGCUUGGACGGAGUCCAGCUGGAGCAAAUAAAAGGAACUUUUACCUUCCGCUCACCGCGGUUUAUGAAAUGUGGUGUAAGAAGCUCAUUGGAGAAGGGGUUACGCCAUACGUCUUCCAAUGUACGUGGAAUGAGGAGGGAGACUUUUUCCUCGGUGCCUCGAGAGGAGCAUACAGUCGUCAUUCAGAGCGACCCUGGCUAGCCGUCGUCGACCGUGCCCGAUUUGGCGUUAUCAAGUCUGAGCCAUUAACGUUGGCCGGCUGGUCAUUGGCCCGAUCACCUUGCAUGGAGUGGAGAAAGAAGAAGGAUGGAACGCCAUUUGGACGUUGCGCCGAGACAUACCCUUUCUGCAAGCUCCUCAAAACCUGUGGGAAGGGACAAGCCGAGAAGGUAUAUGGUCUCGCUUUGUCCAGGCCGUACUUGUCUUCUCCUCACUAUGACGAUCGACUAUCUGGGCCGAUCUGGGCGAGGUUAUGGAAGCCUUGUUUGAACUGCAAAGAGCUCAUCAGAAUUCACGGUGGCAAGUACGAGAACUUCCUCGUUGCCACUGGAAGUGCAGGCGCUCCGCCCUAA